GUUGCCUGGGAAGUAGCUGAGGCCUGGUUUCCUCGCCUAACUAUGGGGCUGCUCAUUUCUAACAUCCAGGGCAGCCCCACAGAUUGACUGCUGGGCUGUCGAAAGGUUUUAAGUUGUCAAUUAAAUCGAUUGAUUUUUGUUUGCAGUUUCUGCCUUGGCUGGUUUGGUAGAAAUCUCCGUGUACUGACGACACCCGGGUGCAGCGGGGUCUCGGGAUGCCGGGAUCGGCGUGGCGGGCAGGUGAUGGGCACCAACACCCAGGCCCCUCUCUGCCCUCUGCCCACGGCUCUCACUCUCAGUGGAUCAGAGGCGCCCUCGGGCGGAGCCCGGCCGGCAACCAGCCGCUGACCCCCACCUUUGGACGAAGCCGGGUCCCCCAGGUCCGCUUGGGCGCGAAAUAGGAGGCCCCAGCCUCCAGCGUCCCGGGGCUCGGGAGCGCACCUGACCCGGCGGGCGUGGCUACGGGCGUGGCGGCGGGGCUGACGUGGCCCCGCGGCGUGGAACGGGCGUGAUUCAUCAGUGGCCGCGGAGCGCGAUGGGGACGAGCGCAGCGGCCGCCUAGGCGCGUCCUCCGCACGCUCUCCCAGUCGGGUGGCCCGGCUCUGGGAAGGCCAAGAUGGAAGAGAUCUUGAGGAAGCUGCAGAGGGACGCGUCCGGGAGCAAAUACAAAGCCAUCAAGGAGAGCUGCACCUGGGCCUUGGAAACCCUGAGUGGCCUGGACACCAUUGUGAAGAUCCCUCCCCACUUGCUGAGGGAGAAAUGCUUGCUGCCUCUCCAGUUGGCUUUGGAGUCAAAGAACGUGAAGCUGGCCCAACAUGCUUUGGCAGGGAUGCAGAAGCUCCUGGCAGAAGAGAGGUUCGUAUCCAUGGAGACAGACUCGGACGAGAAGCAGCUGCUCAAUCAGAUCCUGAAUGCCGUGAAAGUGACGCCUUCGCUCAAUGAAGACCUGCAGGUGGAAGUGAUGAAGGUUUUACUGUGCAUCACCUACACCCCAACGUUUGACCUGAAUGGGAGUGCCGUGCUGAAGAUCGCAGAGGUGUGCAUCGAGACCUACACCUGCAGCUGUCACCAGCGCAGCAUCAACACGGCUGUGCGCGCGACUCUCAGUCAGAUGUUGAGCGACCUGACCUUACAGUUACGGCAGAGGCAGGAGAACACGAUAAUUGAAAACCCAGAUGCCCCGCAGGACUUCGGGAGUCAAGGCUUAACAGUAGAGGCCCUUUGUGAUGAUGUUGUCUCUGUCCUGGCUGUCCUGUGUGAGAAGCUACAAGCCUCCAUAAAUGAUAGCCAGCAGCUGCAGCUUCUGUACCUGGAAUGCAUUCUCUCCGUGCUCAGCAGCUCCUCCUCCUCCAUGUACCUGCACAGGGGCUUCACUGACCUCAUCUGGAAAAGCCUCUGCCCUGCUCUCAUUGUGAUCCUGGGGAACCCCAUUCACGACAAAACCAUCACCUCGGCUCACAGCAGCAGCACCACCACCAACAUGGAGUCGGACUCUGCCUCUCCUGGUGUGUCUGACCACGGCCGAGGCUCAGGCUGCUCUUGCACUGCGCCUACCCUCAGCGGACCCGUGGCCCGCACCAUCUAUUACCUUGCAGCUGAGCUCGUCCGCUUAGUGGGGUCAGUGGAUUCCAUGAAGCCCGUGCUCCAGUCCCUCUAUCACCGUGUGCUCCUGUAUCCCCCACCCCAGCACCGUGUGGAAGCCAUCAAGAUCAUGAAAGAGAUACUUGGAAGCCCGCAGCGUCUCUAUGACUUGGCAGGACCAAGCUCUACUGAGUCAGAACCAAGGAAAAGAUCCAUUUCCAAAAGAAAGUCUCACUUGGAUCUUCUCAAACUCAUCAUGGAUGGCAUGACGGAGGCUUGCGUCAAAGGUGGCAUUGAAGCCUGUUACGCUGCUGUGUCCUGCGUCUGCACCUUGCUCGGGGCCCUGGAUGAACUCAGCCAGGGGAAGGGCUUGAAUGAGAGUCAGGUACAGCUGCUGCUUCUGCGCCUCGAAGAGCUGAGGGAUGGGGCUGAGUCAAGCCGCGACUCCAUGGAGAUCAAUGAGGCUGACUUCCGCUGGCAGCGGCGAGUGCUGUCUUCAGAGCACACGCCGUGGGAGUCAGGCAAUGAGAGGAGCCCCGACAUCAGCAUCAGUGUCACCACAGACACUGGCCAGACCACCUUGGAGGGAGAAUUAGGUCAGACAACACCAGAGGACCACAAGAACGGGCUCAAGUCGCCAGCCAUUCAGGAAAGCAAGGAGACCACGAGCAAAGUGUCAGAACCUGAGGCCAUCGACCAGCCCGACGUAGUUCAGAGAAGCCACACAGUCCCUUACCCUGACAUCACUAACUUCCUGUCAGUAGACUGCAGGACAAGGUCCUAUGGAUCCAGGUACAGUGAGAGCAACUUCAGUGUAGAUGACCAAGACCUGUCGAGGACAGAAUUUGACUCCUGUGAUCAGUAUUCCAUGGCAGCAGAAAAGGACUCCGGUAGGUCCGACGUGUCGGACAUUGGGUCGGACAACUGUUCACUGGCUGAUGAAGAGCAGACCCCUCGGGACUACAUGGGCCAUCGGUCCCUGCGAACGGCUGCUCUGUCUCUCAAGCUGCUGAAGAACCAGGAGGCUGACCAGCACAGUGCACGGCUGUUUGUGCAGUCCCUCGAGGGCCUCCUUCCCCGGCUCCUAGCCCUGUCCAGUGUGGAAGAGGUGGACUCUGCCCUUCAGAACUUUGCCUCCACUUUCUGCUCAGGCAUGAUGCACUCUCCUGGCUUUGACGGAGGGAGCAGCCUGAGCUUCCAGAUGCUGAUGAAUGCAGACAGCUUGUACACGGCGGCACACUAUGCGCUACUGCUCAACCUCAAGCUCUCCCACGGCGACUACUACCGGAAGCGGCCAACCCUGGCACCAGGCAUGAUGAAAGAGUUCAUGAAACAGGUGCAGACCAGCGGCGUGUUGAUGGUCUUCUCCCAGGCCUGGAUUGAGGAGCUGUACCACCAGGUGCUCGACAGAAACAUGCUGGGUGAAGCUGGCUACUGGGGCAGCCCUGAGGACAACAGCCUUCCCCUCAUCACCAUGCUCACUGAUAUUGAUGGCUUAGAGAGCAGUGCCAUUGGAGGCCAGCUGAUGGCGUCCGCUUCCACGGAGUCACCUUUCACCCAGAGCAGGAGAAUUGAUGACUCCACGGUAGCAGGUGUGGCCUUUGCGCGUUAUAUCUUGGUUGGCUGCUGGAAGAACCUGAUUGAUACGCUGUCAACCCCCUUGACUGGUCGAAUGGCAGGAAGCUCCAAGGGGCUGGCCUUCAUCCUAGGAGCUGAGGGCAUCAAGGAGCAGAACCAGAAGGAACGGGAUGCCAUCUGCAUGAGCCUCGAUGGGCUUCGGAAAGCCGCACGACUGAGCUGUGCGCUAGGGGUCGCUGCUAAUUGCGCUUCAGCUCUUGCCCAGAUGGCAGCCGCUUCCUGUGUCCAGGAAGAGAAAGAAGAGAGGGAAGUCCAGGAGCCCGGUGAUGCCAUAGCACAAGUGAAGCUGAAGGUGGAGCAGAAACUGGAGCAGAUGGGGAAGGUGCAGGGGGUGUGGCUGCACACGGCCCACGUCUUGUGCAUGGACGCCAUCCUCAGCGUAGGCCUGGAGAUGGGAAGCCACAACCCGGACUGCUGGCCACACGUGUUCAGGGUGUGUGAGUAUGUGGGCACACUGGAGCACACCCACUUCAGCGACGGUACCUCCCAGCCCCCUCUGACCAUCCGUCAGCCACAGAAGACAUCCGGGAGCUCCGGCCUCCUUGGGGACCUUGAGUGUGAGGACUCAUCUCAGGAGCAGACCCUGGAGCAGGGCCCCUCCCUGAGCGCAGCCCCUGUGGUCCAGCCACACUCCAUCCAGGAGCUGGUUCGGGAAUGUAGCCGGGGCCGGACCUCAGACUUCCGGGGAGGCAGUCUGAGUGGGAACAGUGCCGCCAAGGUGGUACUCUGCCUUUCCACCCAGGCCGACAGGCUCUUUGACGAUGCUACAGACAAGUUGAACCUGUCAGCCUUGGGAGGGUUCCUCUACCAGCUAAAGAAAGCGUCCCAGUCCCAACUCUUCCACUCCGUGACAGACACCGUCGAUUACUCUCUGGCAAUGCCAGGAGAAGUUAAGUCCACCCAGGAUCGCAAAAGCGCUCUGCACCUCUUCCGCCUGGGGGAUGCCAUGCUGAGGAUCGUGAGGAGCAAGAUGCGGCCCCUGCUCCACGUGCUGCGCUGCUGGAGCCUUGUGGCACCACACCUGGUGGAGGCCGCCUGCCAUAAGGAGCGUCACGUGUCUCAGAAGGCCGUUUCCUUCAUCCAUGAUAUCCUGACCGAGGUUCUCACGGACUGGAGUGAGCCACCUCACUUUCACUUUAACGAAGCGCUCUUCCGGCCCUUUGAGCGGAUCAUGCAGUUGGAGCUGUGUGAUGAAGAUGUUCAAGACCAGGUGGUCACCUCCAUCGGGGAGCUGGUUGAGGUGUGCUCCACGCAGAUCCAGUCGGGCUGGAGACCCCUGUUCAGUGCUCUGGAGACAGUGCACAGUGGGAACAAGUCGGAGGUGAAGGAGUACCUGGUUGGGGACUACUCCAUGGGAAAAGGCCAGGCGCCAGUGUUUGAUGUGUUCGAAGCCUUCCUCAACACCGACAACAUCCAGGUCUUCGCGAACGCAGCCACUAGUUACAUCAUGUGCCUUAUGAAGUUUGUCAAAGGGCUGGGGGAGGUAGACUGUAAAGAGAUUGGAGACUGUGUCCCUGGAGUAGGAGCUACAUCCACAGACCUGUGCCUGCCUGCUUUGGAUUACCUCAGACGUUGUUCUCAGUUAUUGGCCAAGAUCUACAAGAUGCCCUUAAAGCCAAUAUUCCUAAGCGGGCGACUUGCCAGCUUGCCACGAAGGCUUCAGGAGCAGUCGGCGAGCAGUGAGGAUGGAAUUGAAUCAGUCCUGUCGGAUUUUGAUGACGACACCGGUCUGAUAGAAGUUUGGAUCAUCCUGUUGGAGCAGCUAACUGCAGCUGUGUCCAACUGCCCACGGCAACACCAACCACCAACCUUAGAUUUACUCUUUGAGCUGUUGAGAGAUGUCACCAAAACCCCCGGCCCGGGGUUUGGAAUCUAUGCGGUCGUUCACCUUCUUCUUCCUGUGAUGUCCCUGUGGCUCCGUCGUAGCCACAAGGAUCACUCCUACUGGGAUGUGGCAUCUGCUAACUUCAAGCACGCCAUCGGUCUGUCCUGCGAGCUGGUGGUGGAGCACAUUCAAAGCUUCCUACACUCAGACAUCAGGUAUGAGAGCAUGAUCAACACCAUGCUGAAGGAUCUCUUUGAGCUACUGGUGGCAUGUGUCGCCAAGCCCACAGAAACCAUCUCCAGAGUUGGCUGUUCCUGCAUUAGGUAUGUCCUUGUGACCGCUGGUCCUGUGUUCACUGAGGAAAUGUGGCGACUUGCGUGCUGUGCCCUGCAGGAUGCGUUCUCUGCCACCCUCAAACCAGUCAAGGACCUGCUGGGCUGCUUCCACAGUGGUACAGAGGGCUUCAGUGGGGAAGGCUGCCAGGUACGGGUAGCAGCCCCAUCCUCCUCCCCAAGUGCUGAGGCAGAGUACUGGCGCAUCCGGGCCAUGGCCCAGCAGGUGUUUAUGUUGGACACCCAGUGCUCACCAAAGACUCCAAACAACUUCGAUCAUGCUCAGUCCUGCCAGCUCAUCAUCGAACUGCCUCCUGAUGAGAAGCCCAAUGGGCACGCCAAGAAAAGCGUUUCUUUCAGGGAGAUCGUGGUGAGCUUGCUCUCUCACCAAGUACUGCUCCAGAACCUGUACGAUGUCCUGCUGGAAGAGUUUGUCAAAGGCCCCUCUCCAGGAGAGGAGAAGACCUCGGUCCAAGUGCCAGACACCAAGCUGGCCGGCUUCCUCAGAUACAUCUCCAUGCAGAACCUGGCUGUGAUAUUUGACCUGCUGCUGGACUCCUACAGGACUGCCCGGGAAUUCGACACGAGCCCAGGGCUGAAGUGCCUGCUGAAGAAAGUGUCCGGCAUCGGAGGGGCCGCCAACCUGUACCGCCAGUCUGCCAUGAGCUUUAACAUUUACUUCCACGCCCUGGUGUGCGCGGUCCUCACCAACCAGGAAACCAUCACUGCCGAGCAAGUGAAGAAGGUCCUCUUCGACGAGGAGGAGAGAAGCUCUGAUUCCUCACAGCAGUGCUCUUCGGAGGAUGAAGACAUCUUUGAGGAGACCGCCCAGGUGAGCCCCCCGCGAGGCAAGGAGAAGAGGCAGUGGAGGGCACGGCUGCCUUCGCUCAGCGUGCAACCCGUGAGCAACGCGGACUGGGCGUGGCUGGUCAAGAGGCUGCACAAGCUGUGCAUGGAGCUCUGCAACCACUACAUCCAGAUGCACCUGGACCUGGAGAGCAGCUUGGAGGAGCCACCCACCUUCAAGAGCGACCCCUUCUUCAUCCUCCCCUCCUUCCAGUCUGAGUCGUCCACACCAUCCACGGGUGGCUUCUCCGGGAAAAAUACGCCCUCGGAAGACGACCGCAGGGAGCACCUAAGUGAGCCCCUGAGCCUGAGGGUGGGCAGCGGGGACACGCUGAUGCUGCCUCCCAGCCCCAAGACCGAGAAGAAGGAUCCUGGCCGCAAGAAAGAGUGGUGGGAAAGCGCCGGGAACAAGAUUUGCACCAUGGCUGCCGACAAGACCAUCUCAAAGCUGAUGACUGAGUACAAGAAAAGGAGGCAGCCGCACAACCUGCCUGUCUUCCCCAAGGACGUCAAGGUGGAUAAGAAGGGGGAGCCCCUGGGGCCCCGCGGUCCCGAUUCCCCACUGCUUCAGCGGCCACAGCAUCUCAUGGACCAAGGGCAGAUGCGCCAUUCCUUCAGCGCAGGCCCGGAGCUGCUGAGACAGGAAAAGAGGUCCCGCUCGGGCUCCACUGGGAGCUCCCUGAGUGUCUCUAUUCGAGAUGCAGAGGCACAGAUCCAGGCGUGGACCAACAUGGUGCUAACCGUUCUCAAUCAGAUUCAAAUCCUUCCAGACCAGACCUUCACAGCGCUCCAGCCAGCGGUGUUCCCGUGCAUCAGCCAGCUGACCUGUCACGUGACUGACAUCAGAGUUCGUCAAGCUGUGAGGGAAUGGCUGGGAAGAGUGGGCCGUGUCUACGAUAUCAUCGUUUAGAGGACUCAGACCCCUGUGGUCAGAGUCUGCCUGUCCAUCCAGCUGAUUGCAUUUUUCCUCCCACCAGCCCACUCAGACUAGGUCUCUGAGAAACUAGUUCUCUGAAACCUAGGACAAAGCUUUUUCCAAGCUCUCCCUAAUUAGCCUUGGGCUAGUCUGGAUGCCGACGUGGUAUCCAAGUGACACGGUGAUCUCUGGCCUUGCACAUUAUUCCUUAAGAGUCUGCAUUCCUUGAUACAUUUCUAAAUCUAAACUUGAUUUCCAAGUGCAUUUGCUUGCAGUGUUAUACCCAAAAUGGGUCGUUUUCAACAACUCUUCUUUAGAAGCCCUAGGCCGAUCCAUUUAAUCCAUCAUUUUCAAAAUCAAUGUAAGUCCUAAGGAAACAUUUGCUGGUAAGUCAAGCUGAUACACAUUCGAUCAGAUGAAUUUUUAUAUUCUGAUUAUAGUUUGGUUGGGAAGAAAACUGCAAAAGUGUAUUUUUCCAGUGUUCUAAUCAAGAAAAAUGACUUCUAAAAUGUAUUCAAGGAACAUUUCAACAUUAUGCUUAAGUUGUUAAGAUUUUCAGGUUAUUAUUCACAACUUCCCCAGGUAAGGUACAGUUGUGCCUUUAUUUCUCUGUUUCUAAAGGAAGGAAAUUCUUUCCUAGCAUGAUUUUUAAGUCUGUGGCUUGGCAGCGCUUAAAGCACCCAGGGGUGCGCAUAGUCACAAGACUUUGAUAAUGACUACCCUGUGUCCCAUGAGUCUUUGCUUCUGUUCCCAAGGCAGGCAAAGAAAAAUGGUGCCUUAGUCUUUUGUUGCACAGACAUUUCUACGCCCCACAAUUAUCUGAACAUAAGGUAUGACACUCGGAGCUUAAGAAAGAUUAAGAUGCAAUUCAUUUUUAUCAGUAUCCUUGGGAGGACGUGAACUCAGUCCUCCACCUGGUGAGCAUACUUCUCAGGGGAGGGGCAGGAAGUGUGGGAUGGGGAUACAGCCAGAAGGGGUGGGCUAGGGACUGUGACAGAAUCGUUGUAAAUCUUCAACUACAAUACAGUUGUGAAAUGAUGGUGUCGGUUAUGAAACUCUAGACCGAGUGGGAAGGGACAAAAUGAAUUUAGAAAACUAUUUUUUUCUAUAUAUGAAACACUUCUCUCUAGCAGAUUUACUCUCUUUUAACUCAUGUGAUUCAGGCCAAUAUUUUAAAUGUCUAUUUCUUUUUCUAAGUAUUAUUAGAAAGUUCAUUUGAAACAUAGAAUCAUAUCCGUUGGGGGCUAGGAAUUGAGUCUGAGGGUCAAUCCCUCAUACUUAGGAACCACUGAGCUUUCCCACAGCCCUUACCAUAUAUUUUGUAUGUUUGUUACAUUAUAAUAAAAACUAAAGCUUUUCAGACAAGCCCACUUACACUCCACAGUGUAGGAUUAGUUACUGAGGCAGAUGUGGCAUUGCCUAAAAAUGUAUUCACACAUCAUCCUCUAAAAAAUGAAACUUCCACUCUUCAGUAUUGAAGGACUUAACAGAGGUUGAACUUUAUCCAGUGAUAAUAUUCAUAAAUGUUGCCCCCCAUGAGAACUACAUAGCUAUCUACAAGGUCAAAGCAAGGUGCUUUGGCUUGCUUGGGUGGUCAAAAAGAAAUCUCCGUUCAGCAUGCCCCCUAAGCAGAUCACCGAAUCUGGGGGACGUUUUCCUAGUCCCACAAAACAAUCUCUGCCUUCAGAGACAGGGAUUCAACCCGGGUAAUAAUCCAAGUUUAAAAACUGAUCUAAAGCCGGGCGGUGGUGGCGCACGCCUUUAAUCCCAGCACUCGGGAGGCAGGACCAGGCGGAUCUUUGUGAGUUCGAGGCCAGCCUGGUCUCCAAAGCGAGUUCCAGGAAAGGCGCAAAGCUACACAGAGAAACCCUGUCUCGAAAAACCAAAAAAAAAAAAACAAAAAACAACAACAACAAAAAAACUGAUCUAAACAGAUGUUUUGGCUUCUCUGUUUUCUAGUGCUGGGAAUCAAACCAGGGUCCCAGAAAAGGCACACAGAUGUUCCCCACCACUGAGCUGUAUCCCCAUCUCUCAACUAUAUUUGUUUGAAUAAGCAAUGAAUUCUUUUAUCAACAAUUUUAGAUUUUAUAUACCUUGUAAAUGUAGUUGAGAGUUGAAAAUUUUGCUUUGUUUUGUCUUUCUCAACAAAAGCAGUAUAAUUGUGUUGAGUUAUAGCUGUUUAAUUUUGUAGAUUCUUUGGGGAUCUGUUCUUGGUUGGCCUAUAAGUACCUCACUUUACUGGAAAGAGAGCCGCGGUUAACCAGAUUACAGAAUUACAGCAUGUCACAAAAUGUGACCUUUCGUGAAGCAUGAAAGCCAGUUUCCUUGUACGUAUGUCCCAGAAGUAAAACCCUGUUCUCUCACGGACUGGCUAGAAAAGCGUGCAAGUGUUCUCUAACAUCCUGAUUAUGGCCUGAGAAUAAAGAGAUGAGAUGUAGCCAAUGUUGGACCCAAGAUGUCUUUACCUGCAAUGUUGGCAACAUUGGCAGAUCCUCCCAUCAUCCUCUGAGAAGUCCCACAUUGUUCUCAGACCACCCCCAAAGCUCUCUGUACUCCAGAGAAGACCUCUGCAUCCUUCAGAGUCCAGCUAGAGGGAGGGAUUUAUGGUUUCAAAUGGAACAUUGAUCAGUGCAAAGUAAUGGCCAAUGAGUGGUCCGUCCUUCAGGUGAGAGGACACACAGGUAACCAGGCCCCUCCCCUCACUGCCAAUCAGUCCCUCUCAGUAGCUAGUCUCGGCCUCUACCCUUCUCUUCUCUCACUCAGUUUCUGAAUGGAACCAGUGGUGUUUCCUGAGUCACGUAGGCUGAAGGUCAAGGUGGGGUUUUGAACUUCAAAACAGUCAUCAUCUCUGUAUGUACGGAGGCGAGCAGAACAUGGUCUUGCACGUUGCUUCUCUUAUAUUUACUAUCAAAGUUUUAUCGCGCGAGGUUGAAAUGUUUUGCCUCCUUUGCUUAGAGAACUGUGCCUCCAUGAAACAGGGAACCCAGCACCACAUAAACCAGGCAGCCUGGGGCCUCGCUAUCAGCCCAGCAUGGUGCACACUCACAAUCCCAGUCCUCACGAGGUGGGAGCAGGAAGAUAGAAAUUCAAAGGCAUCCUCAGCUCCAUGGGCUGAAGCCAGCCUGGGCUGCAUGGGAGCCUGUAGAGCAAGCUGUCAGGUUUAAUAACGGAAGGCUCAUAAUCGAUCACAGAGCCUCGCUUAGCCCCUGCAGUUCAGUCAGUUUUUAGCCAUGUUUAGGCUGUCCCUUGACACACUGUUUUCUUGUCCCCUUCAUGAGAGACACAGCUUUCUCCAUGAAUGCAAAAAUGUUACCGUUUUAGGUCAUUUAGUCACUAGUGACUCAGGAAGAUGCUGACAGACACUACAGCUCAACUUAAAAUAUUUUAAAUCAAGCCAGACUUACGUCUCUAAUCCCAGCACUGGAGAGGCUAAGAAAACAAGAGGAUUGUAAUGAGUUUAAGGCCACCUUGAGUGAGUUCCAGGACAGCCUGGGCUACAGUGUAAGAGCCUGUCUCAAAACCACAAAUGUUAAUGUCCAAAGUCCUUUUAACUUAGAUUUGCUGGUAUGAUGAUCAACACAUGCUUCUUGUUUAAAAAAAAAAAAAUUACUUUCACAGUCAAUGAAGAGAGUCCAGUAGCCUUAAAUACAGGAAGGUAAUACAGAUCAUCGUCUCCCCAAAUAGAGAACAGCACUACUUAGAUAGAAACGACUCCUUUUUAAACUAGAAAACCUAUGGCUGGAGAUAUGGCUCAGGGGUUAAGAGCACUUGCUGCUCUUGCAGAAGACUCGGGUUUGGUUCUCAGUUAUGAGUCACCAUGUGAGAGCUAUCUCUUACUCCAAUUUCAGGGAAUACGAUGCCUUCUGGCCUCUGGGGGCACCAGGCACACACAUAGUAUGCAUACAUGCAUGCAGACAAAUACUCAUAAAAUAAAAAUAGUUGCUGAAAAAAAAGUAAGAAUUUUCUAUCAGUACAACCAAACUAAACAGAAUGAAGAUCUUUGUUGAAAGAGGUGACACAUUGGGUUACUUUAUAAAACCUGGGUAUAAAACCUGGGUUUUCUCCUAGUUUAGUUCACAGAUCCAGAGAGGUUCAUGAUUUGCUCAGGAUAACAAAUAAAAGGCAAAGUUGUUUGCAAAGAGUAUCCUUGAACACAAAGGCCACACUUUCUCAGAUAUUGAGCUGUCAGUACUAAGUAAGAUCUGCAGCAAGAGAGAAUGGAAAAACUGCAAGGCCUUCCUUAGAUGGUUAAAAUGAAAAUAUUUGCUUCCUAGACCUAUCUGGAGUAUUAUGUGGAUUUUAAAAGUAAUGUCUUUAUAAUGGAUACCAAAAUCUAAAUGUUAACCCUAAAGAAAAUAUUUAGUGUUACAUUAAAACCCCAGUAACAUUAGAGAGAAACAUGGCAGCCUGCAUGGGCAUGUAUAAUUAAAUGAUAAACCUUUUCAUGUAUCAUUUAAUCAACAAAGUGCCCCAUAGCCAAUGGAGCCCCUUUGCCAGCUUCUCUGGCAAGUGCCAAGCCUACAGGUCCCCAUCAAAGCUUGGAGACACACAGAAUAAUCCAAAAAUGGACACAUCCUCAGAACAGGAAACAGCAAUUUGUACAAAACGGACCUAAGUUCCAGGUAGGACAGUAUGUGUGGGACCAUGUGCCACACCCCAAUAUUUCCGCUUGCUUCCAUAGGUGAGGAAGGAGGUAAAGACUCCAGAGUCCUGCAGAAACAUGAAGACACAAAUGUGUUUGGGAACCACGUAGCAGGAACCCAGCAAGAUUUAGUGUGGCCUUAGAAUAGUAAAGUCACAUUUUUGAGCAUUUUUUUAUUGAAAAUAUGAACUUGAUAUUGGGAAAGAUUUAUAAAAUUGGUAAAGGGUUUGAUUUAUAAUUAUACCCCCUUAGAAAAUAUAUUCCCCUUAUUCAUAGUAGAUCAGUCUAGAAAAAGGUUGUUCUUAAGAAAUCCCCUUGCUCUGGCCAUCUUGUAGUAUUUGCAGUUGAUAUAAAGGUACCUAAAAAUCUCAUUGACGCCGGGCGGUGGUGGCGCACGCCUUUAAUCCCAGCACUCGGGAGGCAGAGCCGGGCGGAUCUCUGUGAGUUCGAGGCCAGCCUGGACUACCAAGUGAGUUCCAGGAAAGGCGCAAAGCUACACAGAGAAACCCUGUCUCGAAAAACCAAAAAAAAAAAAAAAAAAAAAAAAAAUCUCAUUGACAUGUUGGACUAGAAACAUCAUUUAGCUGUUCAAAAUAUAAACACAUUACUUUAGGAAAAACAGACAAAGACAAAAAUCAUACACCCCCAAGAUGAUUCAGGAGAAACUAAAUUGAGAACAAUGCUUCACUGCUUUAUGAACAGGAUACCGUUUACUAAAAGACAAAAAAAUACUAUGACAGCAGUAGCACCCCGCAAAACCUGUCACUGUGUCUUCGUACCGUCAUGCAGAGAGGUUCCAGGGAGAAGGGGCUGGCUGACCUCAACAGUCAAGGUCCUUCAAAUCUCAAGAACUGUUUUGCUCUGUGAGUUCCUGUCCUAUUGGCUAAGCCAAUGGUGUCUAGUUUCUUUCGUCUGAAGAACAGUGGUUCUCAAACUUUUAGCAUACAUCCGAAUUCACCUAAGGGUUUGUUAAACCACAGAUGCCCAGUUUCUGAUUCUCUACAUUCAGCUAUCUGCAUUUCUAGCCAACUCCCCGGCAAAGCCAUUGCGGCGGCUGCUCUGGGAACCACAGGCUAGAAAUCACUGACUUUUCACAUCAACCUGACUUAUCAAGCACUAAACUGAACUGACCCACGGGCGGACAGUUUGGGAUUAGAUUACUUACAACAUUCCAGUUCCCCGCUCCCAGUUUUAUUAUACCAAUAAUUGGUCCCUAUACACUAGAAGACAAUGAAUGUAUAUGUCGUAUGGAACAAUGAGAUAAGUCCAAGCUUCUCGUCUUUGUAUUUAGAAAUUCUAUGAAUGAUUGUUUGUAUCCUGUUGACCCUUUGACUUGUACUGAAGGUAAUUAAGUUUAUGUGGUUUUUUCAUUCCUUUCUAUAUCAUUUUAAUGAGAUGUUUCCAUGUACGGCUCCAUUAUAGCCUGGCUCCUGGCUUACAGAGGUUUUUCAGUAGUUGCUUGUCAGUUCCUUUACAUCUUGGAUUGGUCAUUAAUAUAUCAGCAUUUCAAAAUGCUCUGACACUUCUAGGGGUACUCUUGUCUUUCCCUUAACUGUGUGGUGUAGGUUAGUGUUUUAGUUUCAUGUUUAUUUGUAAAGAGUUUACUAAAUGGCUUUGUGGAAAUUUCCAAAAUGAAACAAUUCCUUCUGAGCAGUAGAUGUGCCUGUCUUGACUUUUCAGUAAAUAUUGUGUUUAUAAAGAUAUCAGCACAAUGUAAACUAAUCCUUAUUCCAUCUGAUGGGACUAUAGGAAAGUCAACCUUUGUACUUGGAAAAUCUGGUGAAAUGUCAACCCAAAUACAGAUGGGGCCUAAGUUUAUACUUUAACUCUCUUGCUCAGUUAAUUCAUUUUAGAAAUUCAUUUUUGAUUAAAACAUAAGGGCCAUAUAAUAGGAAGAGGAAGAACUGAUGAUCUGUAUUUUUACUAAAUUAAACACCCAACUAAAUUAAAAAUCUAUUAAUGUAAUCCCAGCUACUCAGGCUUGCCUGGACAACAUAGUGAGAUUCUAUCUCUAAAUAAGAAGUAAAUAAACAUGAGUGAAAAAAAGGAACAUACAAAGAUUCAAGAGAAAAGUAAGUACUCUAAAUAUUGCUCAUUUAUAAACUACAUUAGUUCCAUAUAAUUCUCAUUGACCCAAUAAAGUUUCUAUUUACAUCAUUUAGACUGUUGUUUGAAUGGAAGGCAAUCAUUCUAGGUACUUGAAAUCAGCGAAAGCUUGUCAUCAGAAUGUUAAUGGUGUCCAGGAUUCAUCUUUGACUUUGUGGUUGAAAAUAAUUGUUUUUAUUAUUUCCUUUUUGUGUCCCGUAGCAAUUUAGAAGUUGUGCACAUAUUUCAUUCUGAUUUCAAUUACAUUUUAAAACUCAA